AACACGUGCGUGGGACUGCAUGUUGACUGCUGCUGAGAGGCAAGAAGUACGAGUGAUGUCUUCCCGAUCAAAAUCGAGAGAAAGUGUUUUAAAAGAUGAAAGUAAUGAAGAUGACACUGAAGAAAAAAUGGAGAUUGACAAGGAGGAACUGUCUGCACCUAUAAAAGCUGUUCAGGAUAAAUGGAAGCUUCUUCCGGCCUUCCUGAAGGUGAGGGGUUUGGUCCGCCAGCACAUAGACUCAUUCAACUACUUCAUUAAUGUGGAGAUCAAGAAGAUAAUGAAAGCAAAUGAGAAGAUUACCAGUGACGCUGACCAAACUUUCUACAUGAAGUACUUAAACAUUUACGUUGGUAGCCCCGACGUCGAAGAGAGUUUCAACAUCACCAAGCCAACCUCUCCGCACGAGUGUCGUCUACGUGACAUGACUUACUCUGCCCCCAUCACUGUCGACAUAGAGUACACACGAGGGCAGCAGAGGGUUAUCAGAAAUAACCUGCCAAUCGGAAGGAUGCCGAUCAUGCUGCGGAGCUCCAAUUGCGUGCUGACCGGCAAGUCUCAGGCCGAGCUGGCCAAACUGAACGAGUGUCCUCUUGACCCCGGGGGCUACUUCAUCGUCCGAGGGACAGAAAAGGUCAUCCUGAUACAAGAACAGCUCUCAAAGAAUAGGAUGAUAGUGGAAGUGGAUCGAAAAGGCAUUGUUUCCUGCAAUGUAACCAGUUCUACACACGAGAGGAAAAGUCGAACUGUGGUUAUCGUGAAGAAAGGCAGGCAUUACCUGAAACACAAUACUUUCACAGAGGACAUUCCUAUUGUAGUGGUCUUCAAAGCAUUGGGGAUGGAAAGUGACCAAGAGAUCGUCCAGACCAUCGGGACGGAAGAAUCUACGAUGGUCAGUUUUGCCGCUAACCUGGAAGAAUGCCAUAGGUUACAAGUCUACACACAACUACAGGCUCUGAAGUAUAUGGGAAGUAAGGUUCGUCAGAGGAGGAUGUGGGGAGGAGGAUCAAAGAAGACCAAAGUAGACGAAGCAAGAGAGUUAUUAGCUACUACAAUCCUUUCACAUAUACCUGUUGUCCAAUUCAAUUUCCGAGCAAAGAGCAUAUAUCUUGCUUUGAUGGUGAGGAGAGUGAUAGAAGCACAGGGUGAUGCCGUCAAGGUUGAUGACAGAGAUUACUAUGGCAACAAGAGGUUAGAGUUGGCUGGUCAGCUUAUAGCACUUCUCUUUGAGGAUCUCUUCAAGAAGUUCAACUCAGAACUCAAGAAGUACGCCGAUCAGAACAUUCCGCGUCCCCGGGCGGCUCAGUUUGAUAUCGUCAAGUACAUGAGACAGGACCAGAUAACCAAUGGACUUGUCACAGCUAUAUCCACUGGUAAUUGGUCAGUGAAGCGUUUUAAGAUGGAGAGGGCUGGAGUGACGCAGGUUUUAUCAAGACUCUCAUACAUCUCUUGCCUUGGUAUGAUGACCAGAAUAUCCAGUCAGUUUGAGAAGACCAGAAAAGUGAGUGGUCCCCGCUCCCUUCAACCGUCCCAGUGGGGUAUGCUUUGCCCAUCUGAUACCCCUGAAGGAGAGGGAUGUGGAUUGAUCAAGAACCUCGCUCUUAUGACUCACAUCACUACGGACAUGGAGGAGGCCCCCAUUGUCAGACUAGCGUUCAACUUAGGGGUGGAGCCUGUCCAGCUGAUGUCAGGAGAGGAACUUAGCAUGAAAGAUGUCUAUGUUGUAUUUCUCAAUGGUAAUAUCCUGGGUGUGAUCCGGGAGCAUGAGCGGUUGAUGCGGACGUUCCGUCUUGUGAGGAGGGCUGGGUACAUCAGUGAGUUUGUUUCCAUCUGUCCAAACCACGCCCAGAGGUGUGUCUAUAUAGCAUCGGAUGGAGGCAGGGUGUGCAGGCCUUACAUUAUUGUUGAGAAGUGCAUCCCGAGGGUGACGGACAAGCACAUGGUAGAGCUCUCGCAAGGCUUCCGAAGCUUUGAAGAUUUCCUACGAGAGGGGCUCGUAGAGUAUCUUGACGUUAACGAGGAAAACGAUAGUCUGGUGGCGCUCUACGAGUCACACAUAACAGAAGAGACGACUCACCUUGAGAUAGAACCAUUCACCAUUCUUGGUGUGUGCGCUGGACUGAUCCCCUAUCCCCAUCACAACCAGUCCCCCAGGAACACCUACCAAUGUGCAAUGGGCAAGCAAGCUAUGGGUACCAUAGCUUACAACCAGCGGAAUCGCAUUGACACUCUGAUGUACCUCCUUGCCUAUCCAAUGGCUCCUCUCGUCAAAUCUAAGACGAUAGAUUUGAUAGGGUUUGACAAGAUUCCUGCGGGUCAGAAUGCCGUGGUGGCCGUCAUGAGUUACAGCGGGUACGACAUCGAGGACGCCCUCAUCCUCAACAAGGCUUCGGUUGACAGAGGUUUUGGUAGGUGUUUGGUGUACCGCAAUACUAAGUGUACAUUGAAACGUUACGCUAACCAAUCCUUUGAUCGCUUGAUGGGACCGAAGCUCGAUCCGUUGUCACGGCAACCCAUCUGGAGGCACCGCAUCCUGGAUGCAGAUGGAGUAUGUGCUCCUGGAGAGAGGGUCACAAACAAACAGGUGUUGCUGAAUAAGUCUAUGCCAGUAGUCAACAUGAAUCCUCUGCAAGCAAGCCCAACCAACCAACCCCAGCAGCACGACUACAGAGAAGUCCCAAUAACGUACAAAGGCGCUGCUGAUUCCUACAUUGAAAAGGUCUUGGUGACCUCAAACCCGGAAGAAGCAUUCCUUUUCAAGGUUCUCCUGAGACAGACGAGGAGACCGGAGAUUGGAGAUAAAUUCAGCAGUAGACAUGGACAGAAGGGAGUGUGUGGGCUUAUUGUUCAGCAGGAAGACAUGCCGUUUGAUGAGAGAGGGAUCUGUCCGGAUAUUAUCAUGAACCCCCAUGGCUUCCCCUCCCGUAUGACAGUGGGCAAGCUCAUCGAGUUCCUUGCAGGCAAGGCUGGUGUACUAGAAGGAAAGUUCCAUUAUGGUACAGCAUUCGGAGGAGACAAAGUUGUAGAUAUUUGUGAAGACCUUAGGAAACAUGGUUUCAACUACCUUGGAAAGGAUUUCCUUACAUCCGGUAUUACAGGGGAGCCCCUGACAGCUUACAUCUACUUCGGCCCUGUCUACUAUCAGAAGCUGAAGCAUAUGGUCCUGGACAAGAUGCAUGCCAGGGCUAAAGGACCAAGGGCCGUCUUGACGAGGCAGCCUACUGAAGGAAGAGCGAGAGAUGGAGGCUUGCGAUUGGGCGAGAUGGAGCGUGACUGUUUGAUUGGUUACGGGGCGAGUAUGCUGCUUCUUGAGCGUCUGAUGAUUUCAAGUGACCAGUUCCAAGUGGACGUCUGUGGGGAAUGUGGUCUGAUAGGUCAUUCUGGAUGGUGUCCAUACUGCCGUUGCUCCCAGAACAUAUCAUCUUUGAGGAUACCCUACGCAUGCAAGCUCCUCUUCCAGGAACUCCAAUCAAUGAACAUUGUUCCAAGGUUAAAGCUCAAGAAAUACGCAGAAUGAUAGUGAUUCUGAGAUUUAGUGUGUCCAUUGACAGAGAAUCAGUCAGCCUAGAAGAUCAAAUAAAAGAGAAGAUGCAGUUAGAUGCUUGAGCUUCGCUUGCGGAGCUCCAUCAGUGCCUUGCCCAAGGUCAUAGUUCACCAAAUGAGAGGAAACAUGUGCAUACCUGGGCCCCGUCUUACAAAGAGUUACGAUUGAUCUAAUCAAUCGUAACUCUAUGGAAAUCCAUCCAUACCA